GCGUUACAUGCAUGUCCAGUGGGGGUAGGUUUAAUUUUGACGAUGGAGGGUCCUACUGCGGAGGCUGGGAGGACGGCAAGGCGCACGGCCAUGGCGUCUGCACCGGCCCGAAGGGCCAGGGCGAAUACACCGGCUCGUGGAGCCACGGCUUUGAGGUGCUGGGCGUCUACACCUGGCCCAGCGGCAACACGUACCAAGGCACCUGGGCGCAGGGCAAGCGCCACGGCAUCGGCCUGGAGAGCAAGGGGAAGUGGGUGUACAAGGGCGAGUGGACGCACGGAUUUAAGGGGCGCUACGGUGUGCGGGAGUGCACGGGCAACGGGGCCAAAUACGAAGGGACCUGGAGCAACGGACUGCAGGAUGGCUACGGCACGGAGACCUACUCGGAUGGAGGGACGUACCAGGGCCAGUGGGUUGGUGGCAUGCGCCAGGGCUACGGUGUGCGGCAGAGCGUCCCCUAUGGCAUGGCCGCAGUCAUCCGCUCACCCCUGAGGACGUCCAUCAACUCCCUGCGCAGCGAGCACACCAACGGUGCAGCGCUGCACCCGGAUGCCUCCCCGGCAGUGGCCGGCAGUCCAGCUGUGUCCCGCGGUGGCUUCGUGCUGGUGGCCCACAGUGACUCAGAGAUCCUGAAGAGCAAGAAGAAGGGGCUGUUCCGGCGCUCACUGCUGAGCGGCCUGAAGCUGCGCAAGUCUGAAUCCAAGAGCAGCCUGGCCAGCCAGCGAAGCAAGCAGAGCUCCUUCCGCAGCGAGGCGGGCAUGAGCACUGUGAGCUCCACGGCCAGCGACAUCCACUCCACCAUCAGCCUGGGUGAGGCCGAGGCCGAGCUGGCUGUCAUCGAGGACGACAUCGACGCCACCACCACUGAGACCUAUGUGGGUGAGUGGAAGAACGACAAACGCUCGGGCUUCGGUGUGAGCCAGCGCUCCGACGGGCUCAAGUACGAGGGAGAGUGGGUCAGCAACCGGCGGCAUGGCUACGGGUGCAUGACCUUCCCCGAUGGCACCAAGGAGGAGGGGAAAUACAAGCAGAAUGUGCUCGUGAGUGGCAAGCGGAAGAACCUCAUCCCACUGCGUGCCAGCAAGAUCCGGGAGAAGGUGGACCGGGCCGUGGAGGCAGCCGAGCGGGCAGCCACCAUUGCCAAGCAGAAGGCCGAGAUCGCUGCGUCCAGGACCUCCCACUCACGGGCCAAAGCUGAGGCAGCACUCACGGCCGCUCAAAAAGCCCAGGAGGAAGCGCGGAUCGCCAGGAUCACUGCCAAAGAGUUCUCGCCUUCCUUCCAGCACAGGGAAAACGGGCUUGAGUACCAGAGGCCAAAGCACCAGAUGUCCUGCGAUGACAUCGAGGUGCUCUCCACCGGGACACCCCUGCAGCAGGAGAGCCCUGAGCUGUACCGCAAGGGCACCACCCCUUCUGAUCUGACCCCCGACGACAGCCCCCUGCAGAGCUUUCCCACCAGCCCCACGGCCACCCCUCCGCCAGCUCCUGCCUCCAGGAACAAAAUGGCCCACUUCUCCAGGCAGGUCUCAGUAGAUGAGGAGCGAAGCGGGGACAUCCAGAUGCUCCUUGAGGGCCGCGGAGGGGACUAUGCCCGCAACAGCUGGGACGAGGAGAAGGCUGGGGCCUCUAGGGGUGUCCGCAGUGGUGCCCUGCGCAGCGGCCAGCCCACUGAGGAUUUCCGCACCCGGGGCUCGGGCCACAAGCAGCCUGGGAACCCCAAGCCCCGGGAGCGGCGGACGGAGUCCCCCACCACUUUCUCAUGGACUUCUCACCACCGGGCAGGCAAUCCCUGUUCUGGGGGCCCCAAGCUGUCAGAGCCAGAUGAGGAGCAGCUGAGUAACUACAAGCUGGAGAUGAAGCCCUUGCUAAGGAUGGAUGCCUGUCCGCAGGACACGUACCCCCAGAGACGGCGUCACAGUCGGGGUGCUGGGGGAGACCGGCGCUCUGAGGACCGGGGCUUUGGGCUGCAGAGACUGAGGUCCAAGUCCCAGAAUAAGGAGAACCUCAGGCCAGCCUCCUCUGCAGAGCCCACGGUGCAGAAACUAGAGAGCCUGCGGCUGGGAGACCGGCCCGAGCCCCGUCUGCUGCGUUGGGACUUGACCUUCUCCCCACCCCAGAAGUCCCUGCCUGUUGCACUGGAGUCUGACGAGGAGACUGGGGACGAGCUCAAGUCCAGUACGGGCUCAGCUCCCAUCUUGGUCGUCAUGGUGAUCCUGCUCAACAUUGGAGUCGCCAUUUUGUUUAUUAACUUUUUCAUCUGACGAGAUUGUUGUGACCACGGAAGCGGUGAUGUACAAAAGGGACGUAAAAAGCAAAACAAAAGGGGGAAUCCUGACUCGGACAGCCCCACGACUCCUGUCUUUCCACGGAAGAACAACAUGAUUGGGUAUCACUCACAGUUUGCCUUUUUUUCUGGGUAAUGUUUUUUGGAUUUUAGCCAAAAUUCUUUGCUUGUAUAACACGAUGCUGUGUGGCAUGGCAGGAGGAGGCCGGCAUGCCCCCCCUCCAGCUUGGUAUGAGAGGGUCCCGGCAAACCAGCGCCCAAAAGAUCGGGAUCUUCUUCAUGUUUCCUGCCGGGUGUGGAAGGUGGCAAGCGAGAGGAGGCACCUUCCCAAGGGUGCCCGUCUAGCCGGGGGGAGGGGGAGGGCAGCUAGGGAGCGCAGCUGAGGAAGGCCAAUGGCUCUGCCCUCCUGUCUGGAGUAGCUGCUGGGAGUGUGGCCCAGGCCCAGGGACAGGGACGGGGUGUCCUGGCCUCUGUCUCCAUGGAGUCUGUGCUGCGUACCUGUGGAGGGAGAGGGAAGCCCCUGCUCUUCUUCCCAGAACAGACCAUGAUCCCUCUUCUCGGCACUGCCCCACGGCCCUCCUAAGGAGGCUGCCUCUCCACACUGAGUCUUAUGGCGAAGUCUGUUCCCCUGCUGUCCUCUGCUCACUCACUGUUGGCCCUGUCCAGCCACCCUCCCUCCAGACCCAGGGAGGCCAUGCUGCAGACGUCCAGGGCUAACCCCGAUCUGGCCAGGUACAUCUGAGCCCUGAUGCCAAGGGGCUAUGGCCCACAUGCCCCGGACAGCCUGACAGCACGCCUGGGCUGAGCAUGUGGCGAUUUGCACCUAGUAUGCAGGAUGUAUAUUCAGGCUUCCGUGUCCCCUGGCAGUGACGCCCCAUGGAGGACGUCACCUCUCACUGACCUCCACGGGGUCUCACAUCUUUGCACUGUGCCUGCCUCGACUACCCCUAACAGAUAUGCAUAUUCCCUCCAGAUGCCUCAGUGCUACUCCAGAGCGAGUCUGGUCCCGGGACAGGAAUGUGGUUGAAGCCAGUGGCUUGAAUGUCCUGGAGACUGUUGCAUACCCAGCACUCCCCGGAUGUACAAUGUAACUUGUUUCAGUCAAACAACAGGUUCCUCAUGUCUCUGCCUUCUCUACCAGGGUUGUUCCCUCAUCCAAACAAACGAACAAGGGAUGCCAGCUCGACUGGUACCCGUGGCUCCGUCAGUCUUCUUGGGUGCAGCCCGUCUGUCUUAUGGACUCUGCCUUGCUUUGCUCGUGUUCAGCUGUUCUCUGCUACCUUUCGAGCAGAUUUCUUUACUACAGUGCACUGGAUUGCUAUAUUUUUAACCAGAAAUAAACUACAGAUUAGAGCAUG